AGCCGCCUGUGGGACAGUCUCACUCUCAGUCCCGGUGUCCCCGAGUUGAAGCCCAGGCCGGCUAGCCGAGAUGCCUUCCCCGGACCUGGUGAUGGAGAGCGGCCAGGUGCUCCCGGCCUUUCUGCUCUGCAGCACACUGCUGGUCAUCAAGAUGUACGUGGUGGCUGUCAUCACAGGCCAGAUGAGGCUGCGGAAGAAGGCUUUUGCCAACCCCGAGGACGCGCUGAAACGUGGAGGCCUCCAGUAUUACAGGAGUGACCCAGAUGUGGAGCGCUGCCUCAGAGCCCACCGCAACGACAUGGAGACAAUCUACCCUUUCCUCUUCCUCGGCCUCGUGUACUCAUUCCUGGGACCCGACCCUCUGAUCGCCUGGAUACAUUUCCUCGUUGUCCUCACAGGCCGUGUGGUACACACUGUGGCCUACCUGGGCAAGCUGAACCCACGCCUUCGCUCCGGGGCCUAUGUCCUGGCCCAGUUCUCCUGUUUCUCCAUGGCCCUGCAGAUCCUCUGGGAGGUGGCCCACCAUCUGUGACCAGCAGCUGAAGCCUUCUCAGCUACCACAGUGGGGACAGAGCCAUGAAGGCUGAACUUGAGGACUUGGUGUCUCUUCUAGAAUAGGGACGGGGUCUGGUCCUGGGGUCCUGGGUAACCUGGGCAUGUGGAUCUCAGGGCCCAAUGUGCACAUGUGUGUUUUUUAGCCUUUUGGGAUCCUGGGUGAAGUACCCGUUUGGAACCACUUACAGAUGAGCUGCCAAGAUUGACAGGACAUCCUUCACCUCACAAAAUGCCUUAAACAUCACACCACACUCUCUCUUACCCAUAAAACAAAGGACAGGAUUGUCCAACAGAGCCAUCCCAUAUAGGACUAAGAAUGAAGGCUUCUCAGACCUACCUACAAUUCUGGCCCAGCCCAAGGAGAGCCACCUGGCUGGUAUGUGUCCGAGGACAUCCUCACAAGAGGCCCAGCAGUGGCCAGCUCUGUGUGGAGGUAGAGUGCUUGCUUUUUUUAGAGGUGGGCAGGUCAGAGCUUCCCUGUCCCCUGUUGAUACCUCUGUCCUGUGAGUGCCUUAGGUAACACAGGCUCAGGGGGUGAGAAUGUCCACAGCUCAGCCUACUUGUGCAUGGCCUUGGCUCCUCCAAAGACCGAAAGGAUGGGCUUUGACCAACCCCUGAAAGGGAACUUUGGCUUCUUCAGCGUCUGUGAGGUUUGAAGAUGCCAAAUGUCUACUCCUGUGGAAAAUCUCACCUGUGUGUGUGCGGUGUCCCUCCAGAGUCCUGAGACCUGUUUAGGUUUAGUCAUUAAACAGCAGAGUGUGACCUGUGAAUGUUCGGUGUCUAAGACCCAUGCUGUGCCAGCCGGCCUGGUACCUACUGGGAGUUUUCAUGUUCCGGUGUGUGUAUGUUUUACUUUUGUGAGACAAGGUCUCACUUAGCCCGAGUUGGCCUCAAACUUACUCUGCAGUCAGGACAACCUUGAGCUGACAGCCUACCUGUGCCUCCUAAGUGCUGGGAUCGCUGGCCUGCACCACCAUAGUGCCAAGCCAGUACAGGCGACUUCCACCAGGCUGCUUCAGAGGAGUCCCUGACAAGAUGGUGUUUGGCUUGGGAUCCAGAGAUGUUCAAAUCCUGCCUUCCACAUGGCGAUUCUUUCUGCAGCUCUGCCACCUUGUAGGUUGCUGGUUUUCUGCUCUACAGACAGAGACGGAAGUGACUACCUGAAGGGAGGCAUAGGGUGUGCUCCAGAACCUGGGGCAUUCAGGCUCCCAGGCUUCCCACACAAGCCUAGCCACACCACUUCUCCUCCCAGCGGGGCAAGCCCUGUGCCCCAGACCUGCUCUAUGGGGUUAGGGAGGGGGUUUUACUGGAAAACCCUGCUGGCCUAGGCUUCAGCCUCACACAGCUGGUGUUCUGGGAGUGAAUAGCACUGCCCUCUGGUGGUGAGUUGAAACCUUUGCUCUUGGAGUGCUCAUCUGAGAAAACAAAAACUGUAGAAUGGGGCCCCUCUUGAAUGCCAGCUGUCACUGAACAUUAGGCUGGAUGCGACCUUCAUCUGUCAUUGCCGCCCCCCAACCCCAAUGUCCCAAUUAAUACUUAAAUUUUAGAUAAGACCAGGUGAAUUCAGACAAAA